CACUCAAUACUCCCAAAGCAGUAAUAGCAUUCUCUCUUACAAUUCUCUCUAUUAUUUCAUCCCUUUCUCUCCAAACAACAAAAAUGGCUGCAAAGAUUGCCUGUUUUGUAGUUUUGUGCAUAGUGGCAGCUGCGCGCACCGCAGAAGCCCUAACUUGCACUGAGGUUGACGCGUACCUCAAAGAAUGCGUACCUUUCCUUACAAAUACUGGGCUUUUGGGAACUUGCUGCGAUGGCGUUAAGGACUUAAAUGCUGUUGCUAGCACCACCGUUGAUCGCCAAAUUGCAUGUACUUGCCUGCAAGCUGCUGCAAAAAAUAUGUUGUUACUUGAUUUGACCAAAGCUGCUGAUCUCCCAAACACAUGUGAAAUCGAACUUCCAUUCAAGAUCAGCCUCGACAUGGCCUGCUCCACGGUCGUGUAAAGGGAUGAAGAAAGAUCUAAGUUUACAACCGCAGAAUUUGGUAGUAUGCAAUAAUGAGGAGAAGAAGAAUAAGAGAUGGGAUUGUCUUCUUUGAUCUUAAUUACUUAUUAAUCCAUUUGUAUUUUGUCCCUCUUGUUUUCUUUUUUCCUCUUUGUGCGUGUCCCUUUUUGAGUCUCUAGUCAAGAUCAAGUGUUGUGUAAUAAAUAAGCGGUUGUAUUACUAUUCCAUUUUGAUAGAACAUCUAUCAUUUUUAAUUAGCUUAA